GUACCUGUUUAUGUGGUGGUUGUAGUUGGAUUUUUUUUUUUUAAAUGCUCAAGAGAUGCAUCUUAAUCCACUACUUCUAUGUACUUUUCUUGUGCUUGAAGGCCUUAUUGUAGAGGGUUUUGGUCGUAUCAUAUUGUUUUGUAAAAUACAUGUAUUGCUGUAAUGAUGACUAACCAACGGAAAAUAAAGAUAUAAAUAAUUGGUCUAUUUUAGUUACAAAUUACAUUUAUUCAGUAUUGCUGAAUUUUUAUCUUCUGUAGGAAUUGUAUUAGAUAAAAUGCACUAGAUUCAGAUUUUGUUCUCUUUUUUUUUCUUUUUUGUCGAAUUGUUAUUGACAACAGCGGAAGAUGUUUGCUCUCCCUGUUCAGCAUUCUUAACAGUGGUUUUGAUAAGAUUUGUUAUUGACAAAAGCGGAAGGCGUUUGCUCUCCCUAUUCAGCAUUCUUUACAGUGGUUUUGAUAAGAUUUGUUAUUGACAAAAGCGGAAGACGUUUGCUCUCCCUGUUCAGGAUUCAUUACAGUGGUUUUGAUAAAAUUUAUUAUUGACAAAAGCGGAAGAUGUUUGCUCUCCCUGUUCAGCAUUCAAAACAGUGGUUUUGAUAAGAAUUGUUACUGACAAAAGCGGAAGACGUUUGCUCUCCCUGUUCAGCAUUCAUAACAGUGGUAUUGAUAUGAUUAUGCAUCCAGUAUUGCGAAAGAAGCACAAACAUUCAAUUAUCGAGGAUCGUAAUGGAUGCCAAGAUGAGUUUCAAAGUGUUUAAAGUGGUUGUGUUCUUCUUGCCGAUUUCUACAGCUUUGCGGAUACUUGUAACAAAGGAUCAAUGUGGACGUCCGGUCGAUCUCACUGUAGAGAAAGUGCUCUACCUGGACUAUGAAGGAGCGGACCUGGGGGAUAUAUUAUCAUUAUGUCUGAUAAAUGUAACAAAUUAUAACGAUAGGGAUAUGAUUUGUAUCCAAAGUGAAGGGGCAUAUUUUGAUAUGGACUGUGCGAUGCAUCUUAAAUAUCACAUUCGCGGCUGGAAGCCGUACUCCUACGAAAAAGACUACACUUGUUCAGAUUUCCACUCAAAACCUCUUUGUGAUCGGAACAGUGUUUCGGCUGUCGAGUUUCGUUACGCAUAUCUACAACAAGAUGUUGCAGUUCAUGUGAAAUUGUUUACAAAGAAAUAUGUCGCUACCGUAGUACAGUACCAUUCCCAGGCUCAACAGGGGAACCAGUUUGCGAAUCAAACACAUGAUUCCGCAAACCAGGCAAUAAAUCCACAGCAAUAUCCGGCACCGAAUCAGCCUGGUAUCCUGCCGCAGCAACAAUAUACACCAAAUCCGUCAGCGUAUGCAGGGUACCAAGUACAUAAUCCCGUAUAUCAACAAGUACAAAUGGCCGGGGACCAGCCUUCCUUGACCCCGCAAGCUUAUGAUCAGCCUCCUUCAGAGCCUCCGCCGCCAUAUCCGGGAUACUGAGCUGCAGAUGAAUGGUACACCGUCAAUGUAAAGUUUACCAAAUAUGGACAUACAUUUAACUUACCACCGUUUAGUGAUGUGACAUCAAGGGCAUACAUGAUUUACGAGCCUGCAACAUUUUCGUUUUUGCCGUGUUGGGCGAUCUGUGGAGUUCCCCCUUUUUCUACUUUAUACGAUAUACAUUUCAUUGUGAAACAGCCUGCUGUUGAUCUUCUCUAAAUCAAACCACCGCCAAACAUCGGUUUAGAGGGGAUUUUUGGUGUACAUUGUAGAUGGUAAUUCGGAUAAGAGGGAUUUCGAAUUGGACUUUGAUGUACAUGGGUAUUAGGUUUACGGAGGGUGUUAUCUCAUUUUUGAAUACUUUAUACAAAAGCAACAUACAGGAGGCCGAGAUUGAUUGAUUUUGAUUGAUUUAUUUCAGUAUAUAAAAUACAUGGUAUGGUACAACCCAGAUUAAAACAAAUUUCAAAUAUCACAUAUACAAUGACCAGGAAUUAAAACAUAUUGAAAGGCAAUUAAGAAUCAUUACUAACAUAAAAUACCAAUAACUGCAGAAAAAAAGAUGUAUCAGGACAUGUAUUCAUAUACUCAGGAUGACACAAAAAGGGGAAUGUGAAACCCCUUAUUUCCAUUGUGGUCCUGAAAGUGUAUCCCGUACUUGUACAACACUACUCUUAAUUUGCAGUUGAUUAAUGAUAAUGUAAUAGCUGUGAUUUGUAGUGUAAUCAAUUUGCAAUGAACUAAAGUUUCUUAUUUUAAGGAACUUUAUGGAAUUAUGUUGGGAGUGACCUAAAUAUGAGUUAUAAAAUUGUAUGGAGUUCUGCUGGAAAGUGAUUUUCAUGUAAUGAGUAAAGAGAUAAUUGAUAUAUUUUCGAAAUUAUUGCAGUAAUGUAUCGACAUAGUUUGUUUUAUAAACAUGGAAUAAUCACGUAAUGACCAGAAAUUAGUUUAAAAUCCUUAAAUCUCCCACCUAAUACAUACUCGACAUACAUUUUAAUAUAUUCUGAUUUAAAUCCAGUCCAAAUCUAAAUGUUUGCCGGUAUGUGGAGAGGCCUUAAAGACAGUUUAGUUAGAAAGGGGACUAUUUCUAAACAUAAUUCUUUUAACAGCCUGAGUGAAAGCUUGUAAGGACCAGUUGCCUUGUUUGGAUUCAGAUUCUUUCAUAACUUUAUUACGCCAUCCUUGAAAUUCUAAUUUUCGUGCAUGCGUUUAUUUAAUUGACAAUGUCUGUUUUCAAAUAAAUUCAUUUCACACAUUUGAGCCGCGCCAUGAGAAAACCAACAUAGUGGCUUUGCGACCAGCAUGGAUCCGGACCAGCCUGCGCAUCCGCUUUCGAAGUCUAUUGCAAUUAGAGAAACAGCGAACAGCAUGGAUCCUGACCAGACUGCGCGGAUGCGCAGGCUGGUCUGGAUCCAUGCUGGUCGCAAUGCCACUAUGUUGGUUUUCGCAUGGCGCGGCUCAUUUGUUUAAGACUAAUCGUUUUUGGCAUUUCAAAAAUAAAAACAGAUUUGGAACGUUGGCUUGAUUUUAAUGGGGCAACACCAAUGGCUGUCAGUUUUCUUGUUCUUUUGCAAAAGAGUAGAUUUUUCAUUACUAUUUCAAUUUUUAGAGCCCUUUGAACAAAAUUAUUGAAUCCAAAUACUCCAUUGAGAUUUUCUUAUUUCUUGUUUAAUAUAAAAGACAUUACAGGGGUCAACUUUUGCUUUAAUUUAUAAUUACUGUAUUUGUUACUUCCCUUCGAUUGUAUUUAAUGAUGUCAUUAUUUUUUUUUCUGAAUAACGUUUACUGAUUUCUUGUAAUCCAAGAGGGAUUUCGUUUUGGCUGGGAUGUGGUUUCGUGACAGUUCAUUUAAUAUAUCUUUAAAGUUUACUCAUAAAUAAUUCGGGUCAUUACCAGAUAGUUUGGCAAAACAUUUUCAUGAUGCAAUGCUUUUAAUAUAUUUUGAUUUCUAGCCUGAUUUGCUUGGUCUAUCUUCUGUAAUCGCAUGGAAUUAGAUAUCAUAAUUCGAAGUUCCAAAACUUGGUAAAGUUUUCGUUGGGUAUACUUGGCCAGGUUGGUAUGUUAAGAAUAAGUCUAAGACAUUGGUCUCUCUUUGAAUUCUAACAACUUGGUCUAAAUUAAAAUUUAUUAGAAUGUCCAAGAAAUUUUCUUACAGUGAUUUCAUUUUAUAUGAUUCUUUUAUUAUAAUUUCGGAUGACAAGGCUUUUCAGGCUUGUUAAAAUCGCCAAGGAUCCAUGUUAUGCUUUUUUUAGGUAUUUUGAUUGGUGAUUCUUAUAAUGAAAGAAUGGUUAUAUGAUCAGUUUCAUGAGGCUUGUAGAAGGAUGGCAGAUAAGUGCUUUUCACACCGCAAAUGUAUAUUAUUUGCCCAAACAAAAAUGCAGUUAGACUUUAGGCUAGGUGGUUCUUCGCUAAUGAAAUACUUUCAUAUGACAGACAAGAAUGAGCCAACUUUAGCAUUGAUUCUGUCAUCCUAAAAGACUUCAUAGUUAGAGUUUUCAUGAAAUAUUUCUUAAGUGGCUAUAUUGGGUUUUAGCUAAGUUUCAGUAAUGAUACAAUGUCCGGUUUCCCCUGGUCCAAACGUAAUUGAAUACAAUAGUGAAUUAAUUUUUGAUUAACUUACAGUUUAUAUUGAGUAUGGUAAAGCGGUCGUCCUUUUUAUUAUAUUUCAAUCUUUUA